CGGGGGGGGGGGGGAGCUCGGCCCCCUGGGUCCCCCCGACCCCGCCCCCUGCCCCGGCCACGCGGUUUGCGGCCGCCCGCGGCUGAUGUCACCCCGCAGCUGCUGCCGGACGGAGCCGCUGGCGGAGUUUAAUCCGGAGCCGGACCGGAGCGGGCCGGGCUCGGGGGGCCCGGGGGGCCCGGGCUGGCGGCGCUUUGAGGCCCCUUCCUGGGACUCGCCCCGCAACAAAAGGACCGAGCUGGGAUGGGCCGCUAGCCCCGGAGCGCGGGGCCCUUCCCGGGCAGCCCGGCCGGCGGUGAGUGCUGGGGGGCCGGGGGCCUUCCUCCGAAGAGCAGUGACCCCCCCUCGCUCACAGGCGCCCCCCCACAGGUUCCCUGUGUGGAUGGCUGCAGGGCCCUGGCUCCCGCCCAGCAUGGAGCCCGACCUCCUGCCCCUCGUCCUGACAGCCGAGCCCUGGGGCUUUAACCAGCAGGCCACGGAGCUGGGGCCGGGCGCCCCCGGCCUGGAACCCUGCAGCCUGGAGCUGGAGCGUCGCUACCAGGCCGUGCCCGCCGCCGUCUGCGCCCUCUGCUGCCUCUUCGGCGUCAUCUACAGCUGCUUCGGUUACCGCUGCUUCAAAGCCAUCAUGUUCCUGUCGGGGCUCCUCUUCGGCUCCCUGGUCAUCUUCCUGCUGUGCUACAAGGAGCGAGUCCUGGAGACGCAGCUGAGCCUGGAAGUGAGCGCGGGCAUCGCGCUGGGCAUCGGGGCGCUGUGCGGGCUGGUCACCAUGCUGGUGCACAGCGUGGGGCUCUUCAUGACGGGGCUGCUGCUGGGGCUGCUGCUGGCCACGGCCGCCCUGGUGGCCACCGAGCCGCUCUACCAGCCGCAGAGCCUGUGGGUGCCCGUGGGCAGCCUGCUGGGGCUGGCGCUGCUCUGCGCCCUGCUGGCCCUGCGCUGGCAGAAGCCGCUCACCGUGCUGUCCACGGCCGUCUUCGGGGCCGCCGUCAUCGUGGUCUGCGUGGACUAUUUCGUGGAGCUGCUGGCCCUGCUGCACCACGUCUAUGACCGGCUGCGCCUGGCGCCCUCCUCCCCGCUCUGCUGGCACAGCUGGGCCGUGCUGGCGCUCUGGCCGGCCCUCAGCCUGCUGGGCCUCCUGCUGCAGUGGAAACUGACGGCCGGGGGCUACUCGCACACGGACGUGAUCAUCAGCCGGCGGCAGCAGCGGUUGCAGCUGCUGCGGAUCCGGCAGAGGGAGGCCAAGAAGCGGCAGAGCCUCCCCCCGCAGGAGGGCAGCUACCGGCGCAAGCCCAACCCCGUCAAGCGCUACGCGGGCGACGUCCUGGCGCCGAGCUACAUCCAGAGCCUGCGGGAUCGCCAGCUGGGCACCGGCACCGCCCACACCAUCCUCGACCUGGACUACGACUGCGGCUCCACCGUGCCCCUGACGGCCCCCACGCCCGGCGGGCGCCUCUGACGGGGGCAGGGGCUUCACUUCAUUCCACUUGUGCCUUAGGGGAGGAGGCGGCAGCGGUGGGGGGAGGGCAGGGGGACCGUUUUGCUGGUGACACUUGACCCUCCCUCACCCCUCCUGGCGCCCUCUCCCCAGUCCAGCAGCUGCGCUGCCCACGUGGCCCGGGCACCUGCCCGCCUGCCCCUUUAAAUAUUCAAAGCAGCUGCCUUCCCCUGCCCCUAUUGGCCUGUCCAGAGGGGAGGCGGGGCUCCGGGGGCCACAGCUGGUUCCUUUCGACCAGUGUCAGGUUGGGGACCCUCCUCUGGGCCCCCCUAUAACGUCCAGAGUUUCAGAGUCCCCUGUCCCCCCGUCCCCCCCCGGCACUGGGGUGGGGGCAGAGCCCCCUGCCCAUUGCUGGGGGGUUCUGCCUGGGGGCCCUGAGUUAAAUCUCUCCCAAGGCCAGGAGGGGCCUGGGGGGGCUGCAGGUGGAGCAGCCGCAGGGGCCCAGACGCCGUGCGGAGGGGCUGGCCUGGAGCCCUUUGCUCUGGGGCAAGCCGCGGCCUUGGUACAGAGCAUUCUGGGAAGUCAGCAGCCGGCCCCAGGGGGCACAGGGAGCGCCCAGGCUCGGGGCACUGGAGCCAUCGCAGACACCCUGCAAGGGGGGGGCGUCCCCUGCCGGGGCUGGGCCCAGCGGGGUGGGGCCCAGACCCCCACCCCGGCCUGCGAGGGCGCCAGCUGGAGCCCAGCCCCGCUAACUCUUCUAGCAGUACUUUGCUUUUGUACUUUUCUAACCCGCGGGCUCUGGCACCAGCCAUGGGGGAGGGGAGCCCUGGCCCCACAUCUCAGCCCUGGCUCCAGGGGGGAGCCGGUCCCCCUGUUUAUACGCUGUGUACUGUACGGGGGGGGCCCCAUUAAACUGCCUUACGGAGC